AUGAGAGCAGCGAUGGAUGAUAUUGCGAAUAUGAUCAGCUCUUUCUUUGCCGACGUUGAUAUUGUGUUCAGUGAUGUGUUAGCUGGAUUGUUCCUCACAGCUCACUCUCCUGUCAACGUCUAUCCUCCUCUUGUGCCGAAAAUUAGCGAUCGUCCUGAUUGGAUGACAAUCGAGAAUGCUUCACAUUUCUUACAUUUCGCUUCAUGUGUUUAUGGCUGGCCUACCUACUUACUGCACAAUUUUGGCAUCAAACCAGCGUACAGACUGUUCCGAAAGUUACAAUGUUGUGGUCGUCUUCGCUGCGAUCAGGUUAGUUGUAUUCCACUUGUUUGCAGUGGUAGCACCCUUUAUUUUGGGCUUUUGGAUUGCGGACUGCAAAGUGCAUGUGAAGGGAUGAGACGCCUGUUGAUUUACGGAAAUCGUGUUAGAUAG